GUAAAACUUUUCAAACGUAAUAAUAUGUGAAACGAGUGUGCCAAGAGUAUGUCCCUUAGGGAACACGGAGGUCGCAGCUCAGAGAAUUGGAGUAGAAAUGAAGCUAUAUAAACUAUAACAAUUUUUAAAGAGAGCCAAUCUAGUUUAGAUAUUCACACAGAACGUAUCCAGCUCUUAAAUGAAACUUCAACUGCUUUGUACAUUUAUUUUUUUAAGCUUGUUAAAAUUUCAAGCCGUUAAUACAGACUCCAAUAAAACUGAAGCGAAUUCAUGUGUAAGAAGUGAUAACAAUUCUAACGAUGAAGAUGAUCUGUGGCAUUGCAUUCGGAUUUGUUGCCCCCGGAAGAAUAUGAUGGCCGAUGGCGGAUGUAGUUUUAAGGAGCAUCUUUUCCGGUCAAAACUUGAUUUAAGCAUAAGACUCGAUGACAAUUCGACAGAGGCCCUGUGUUUCAACAAUCAAACACUGCUAAUAAGAUCGUUUUGGAAAAUUUAUGAAAUGAUCGGCCUGAGAAGAGAUGAGUACACGUUGUACAAGAACGGAACCAUAUUCCUUCACUCCGACCAGAGUUCAAGGACCAAAGAAGAAUAUUGCUUUUAUCCCCAUCAAAAUUACUCGGACUUCCCAGAAACGACAUGGAUUAUUUUACACGAGUUUUUAUGGACAUAUAUACCAGGAGGUUUCGAGCUUGCAUCUGGUUCCUUAAUAUGCUAUGUCUUCACAAUCGGCAUUUAUCUUUUUGUAAAAGAACUACGAAAUGACUUUGGAAAGUGCCAAAUGAGUUGCGUAUUCUGCCUAUUUAUUGCCUAUCUAAUCGUGCUUAUGGAUGAACUUAGAUUGUUGGAUGACUUUUGCUCACUGGCAGGUUAUAUCAUGCUCUUCUUUGAUUUUGCCAAUUCUGUUUGGUUCUCCAUAAUCAGCUAUUGCCUAUGGAAGAAAGUCACAUCUGUCGAUAGCCAAGAAAAUCGCUAUGAGUUCGUCUCUUACAGUAUUUUUGCCUACGGCAUAUCUGCUAUACUACUCGGAAUCAUCUUUUCGAUGAAUCAACUUUGGGAAGAGGAUCUCAGGAAAUGGAACUGGUUGCCCUUAGUUGGUUUUAGUAAAUGCACGGUGGAUGUUUUUAAGUGGUCUUCCUGGUUUUAUUAUGCGGGGCCAAGUGUGAUCUUGUUUGCCAUUAAUAUAAUUAUGUUCGUUCUGACUAUCAAACACGUUAUAAAAACAAAAAGAAACAUCCGCAACUUAACAGAACGACCAGAUAAGAACGCGACUUGUGUUACUUUAAAUGUUCAGUGGAACCUAUUGUUUCUGCGGAUUUCCGCUAUUAUGGGCGUAUCUUGGAUACUGACGUUUAUUUCGAUGAUAGAAGUGAAUACUACUUCUUGGGACAUUUUCUGUAUAAUAAUCCAUCAAAUCCAUUGGGGUUUUGGUAUCAUUUUAUGUGUCCUGCUUAUUUGUAAGCGAAGCACCCAUCAACUACUCAUUGCUAAAAUUCGUGGUAAGAACUUACACCAACAGACCGUUGUGUGAUGUUCGAUCAAAAAGGAAGUGCUGCAAAUUCCACAACAUACAUAUAUUUAAAUAUAAAAGAAAGUAAAUGAAUUUCAAAACUGUGGUAGGAUGAACACU